CACAGCCAAUAAGGGGUGAAAGAAAGUGAAGCCAGGCCUCUCAGCCAGUAGCACCAAUACUGCAUCUGAGCCAGUGCCUACGACAAAAGAAAACGAAAACCAGCAGACCAUGACACCUGAAUGGAGCGAUUGUGGCGCAGCCGGAUCAGACGGCAAGCCCAGCGGUGGCGUCGAUGCUCGGGAGCGCCACAAGCUCGCCGAACGUGAACGCCGUAAGUCCAUGCGAGAGCUCUUCCUAUCUCUCCAUGCUCUCCUCCCUCACGCCAACACAGUCCGGAAAGAACAGUCGGCCAUCCUUGACGAGAUAAUCAAAUACAUCCCCUUAGCUGCUGCUCGCCUUCGCUCACUUCAGAACCGAGGGGAUUCUCCCUCCAGCUCCGGCAUCUCCAAGGCCUCGCCGACUGUUCUUGUCUCCGACCGUAACUCGACCUCGCCCAACUCUACAGACUGCGACAUCCGAGUCGCUCCCGAGUCUUCCUCCUCUGUGGCCAUUCGUAUACGAGGGGACCGCGUCAACGUUUCUCUGUCCGAUACCAGGGGUAAUUCAAAGGCAUUCUUACUAUCUGCCAUCUUCGAUGAGCUCGAAGCUCAUCAACUUGAGCUUAUCCGAUCUACCCAUUGUCGUGAUGGAAACAAAAUACUUCAUCAUUCUGAAAGCAAGAUUUGCGAUGGGUUGGAUAGAUCUCCAGCUUUGUUGAAAGCAAGACUGCAAGAACUAGCUUGCAAACUGCACCGGCUUAGAAACUCAUCCUCGCUUAAGGAAUCUUUUGACCAGCUAGACUAGACUAAAUUGAUUCACGUCAUCAUUCAGCUAUAGUCUUCUCUCUCUGAGUCUCUGUCUGUUUGAAGUUGAUAAAUGUAAUUAAAUAAUAGUCGGGAUCAAGGGAUUAAGGCUGGGUUGAGCUUUCAUCAAUCUCAAGUUGUUUUUGUUGUUUAUGGCACCCCAUCUAUCCCUUCAAAUCCCGAAGAGACGGCUUAUCGGGAAAAAAAAAAUCACGAAGAGGCGUUUAGAUUAAAAAAAAAAAAAAUUGCCAUUGAAAUGAAAUAUGAAUGGAUCGUCCGUUCUCAUUUAUAUUGUUCUUGUUAUCAGGACAGCUUAUCUUUGUUUAAUUUGUUUAUGGAAAUUAUUAGACCAUGUGAUUGUCCACGCAUUAAUCUAUGAGAUCUGACU